UUUGCUUCUCUUUCAGAGAAAGUUACAGACCCACUAAGUUUCUAUUUUGGCAAAAGCUCUACUGUGGUGUACAGCAGCCCCGCUUCAGAGGAGUAGAGGGGACCUGGCGACUGAAGGAUGGUGGUAGUGGUCCUGCUGGGGCUCAGCUGCUUAUGGGCUCCCCUGGGUGCUCUGGUUCUGGAUUUCAACAACAUCAAGAGCUCCGCUGACCUGCCAGGCGCUCGGAAGGGUUCACAGUGCUCGUCUGACAAGGACUGUAAUGCCAGGAAGUUCUGCCUCAAGCCUCAAGAUGAGAAGCCAUUCUGUGCCACAUGUCGUGGCCUCUGGCGGAGGUGCCAGCAUAGUGCCGCGUGCUGCCCAGGGACGCUCUGCGUGAACGAUGUUUGUACCACAGUGGAAGAUGCAACGCCAAUACUGGAAAGGCAGACCGAUGACCAAGAAGACACAGAUACCCAAGAAACAACUGGGCAUCCAACCCAGGAGAACAAACCCAAAAGGAAGCCAAAUAUUAAGAAAGCACAAGGCAGUAUGGGACAAGAGGGAGAAAGCUGUCUUAGAACUUUGGACUGUGGGGCUGGACUUUGCUGUGCUCGUCAUUUUUGGACUAAAAUUUGCAAACCAGUCCUACUGGAGGGACAGGUCUGCUCUAGGAGAGGGCAUAAAGAUUCUGCUCAAGCUCCAGAAAUCUUCCAGCGCUGUGACUGUGGUCCUGGACUGGUAUGUCGGAAUCAAGUGACUGGCAAACGGCAACAUGCACGGUUAAGAGUAUGCCAAAAAAUCUAAAAUGCUGUGACUAUCUCAGAAAUAAAGAUGACACCUUGUUGUAUUCAACCAUAAAUCUCAGGCAUUAAUUUUAAAAUCUUGUCAUACAGACACCUUUCAAAUCAAAUCUUGUAGUAACUGAAAUUGAGCUAGAGAACUGUGAGAUGCCGCCUUGGGAAUGGGUGGAAAUUAGCUUUGGCUUUUUGUCUAUUUCUGCAGAAGAGUAAUGUGCUUGCAUAACAAAACAGUUAAUUAUGAUCUAGGGACUCGGUUAGUUCAAGUAUAUCUUGAAGUAAUUCCUGGUGAAGUUCUAUCUUCAGUCACUUGGAGAGAAAAAAGGUGAUGGUGUCUGCAGUUAAGUGAAUUCUUAUACCUUGCCAGUGAAAUUAGCAAAUACUGUAUUUGUCCUUCAAAAACCCUAGUGUUUAUUUUCUUUCAUUUCUUUGAAGGGAAUGUCAUUUUACUACAAAAUAAUGUGGUUAAUAAAGAAGACUUACAACCUAUCUUCUGCCCAUGUAGUCCUUUCUAAGUUAUAUACAUUUAUUUUGUAUAUAUGGGUACAUAUUAAAGUGGUUUUGCUUAGGGAGGCUCUUUCUGAUGCAUUACCACUUGCUACAGAUUUUAUUUAACAGUUAAACCACACAACUGUUCUUAGGUUUUAAGUAUGUAUUAUGAAGUUGGAUAUGGGUCACAGAAAAUUUAAGUUUAUGAAUUUCCCUAAUUUCUAAAAAAUACUGAAACAUCUUCCAGAGGCUAGUCUCUGGGUUUACCUUCUUGAUUGGUUUGUAAUGAGAGACUAGGAGGAAAGUAGUGGGGUAAUGUGGUUUGUAGCAUAAGGACAGAAAAUGAGAAAGUAAAAAUUCUCAU